GCCUAUCUCUCAUGACAUGGACUGCAACACAAAAUGCUAUAUAUGUGCUCACUUCAGGUAUGCUGAAACAACACAGGAGGUACCUGAAGCUCAAAAGUUUGGUGGCAUGGGGAAAGGUGUGCUCAAAACUACAGCCAAGGCCAUGUCCUGGCCAAGGAGCAGCAGUAGAGAAACUUCUUCAUCUUCAUCAGCAGUGAAGGUGCCAGAGGAUGUGAAGAAGGGGGAGUUUGCAGUCGUGGCAGUGUGGAAUGAGAAGGCAACAAGGUUUGUGGCCUCACUCAGAUGCCUAUCAAACCCUGUGUUUCUGAGGCUGCUGGAGUUGGCAGAGGAGGAGUUUGGAUUUCAGCAAGUGGGAGCCCUUGCUGUUCCCUGCAAGCCUUCAGAGUUGGAGAGAAUCAUUAAGGAGAUUAAGAAUUAUUAGUGGUUUUAUUUGUAUUGUGUAUGUGUUGUUUUUGUUCUUUGUUUAUGUUUGGAUAGAAUUGGACAGUCAGGUGUGGAGAUUAGUUGUAGAACCUUAAACGAAAGUUAGUUAAGAAGAGAGUUUCAAUCA